ACAGUAGUAGGUACUCUGACAUAAUAUUUUUUUUAAAAAGACCCAACCCUUUAACGGCUCCAUCAACAGUCUGCCCGCCAGUGUUCAAAUUUUGAAAUUAGUGUGUCUUUCUCUCUCUUACCCCUAAAAAGCCACCAUUUUAAAAUAAUCUGGGUUUCUCGGUCCCUGGACCCCUACCCUUUUUCCCUAUCUUCCUCCUUGCCUACCGCUAUAUUACACCUCCCAUUUUCCUAUCUCUAUCUUUCAUCUCUGCAAUUUCUCUCUCUCCGCUGGGAAAUGGGUAGUUGUUUGAGCAAGAAGAGCACUAGUUCUUCUCCCAGUGCACUUCCGAAGCCACCAGACCAACCCGAGUCCAAUACCCAAGUAGAGAAGAAGAAGCCGGAGGCAGAAACUGUGAAGAAAGAAAUAUUCGUCAUAAAACACAGGAAGAGCCAUGAAAGAAAUCGGCGAUCUGAAGAAGAAAAUGGCGAAGUGGAAAAGGCCAAUGAUUUGGCGGAUCAAGGGAAAAUUGGUACUAGUAAGGAUAUGGUAAAUUGUGGAUUAAGCAACAGCAAUGGCAAUGGCAAUGGCAAUGGCAAUGGCAUAAUAGUAGCAGCACAAGUGAGAACAUCGAGCUGUACGAAAGAAGAAGUUGAAUCUAUUCUCAUACAGUGCGGAAGGCUUAGCCGAAGUUCUUCCACCGGAAAGGCAGCUAAUUCGGGUUCUGGUGGGUCAAGUGACAACACCAACAUUGUUCAACGUGGUAGGAAGUACUCUGGAUCAAAGAGGAGUUAUGAUUUCGGCAAUGAGGUUGGUGACCAUGAGAAGAAGAACGGCAAUACUUACAAGGGUAAUGGUGAUGAUGACAACAAUGUCGGUGAUGGUGGUGAUGAUGGAGCAGUGAUGGAGAGGAUUCACCGUCAUACACAACGCCAGCGCAAUCCGAGAAGUAGGUCUUCUUCUCGUGGAAGAAGAACCCCAAGUAGGGAAAGAGACCAACAGCAACAGCAACAGCAGCGGUCAGGUAGUAGAGAAAGAGGUGGCAGUGGUGGGAGAAGGUUGAGUCGAUCCCCCGGUAGAAGAUCUGAAUCGCCAACUACUUCCAAUGGUGUUACUGGAGCUACUCAAUCAUCUGGCAACGUUAAUAGUACUGGUUCUAGGCCUGGAAAGAUGGUUUCAGUGCCUGCCACAGUGUCCUCAUUGGUGAUGGAUAAAAGCAACAACGGUGGCGGCGCUGAGCCUAUUUCCGCUGUUGCCAUUAAAAGGAUUCAAGUGAAGCGGAAUGUGGGUGAUGCCACCACAGGUUCGAGGAGUGCAGCCUCUCCUCGUGCUCGGUCCCCAGCAAGGGCAAAUGUUAGGGCUUCAAAUGAGAAUCAGAAUAGUCAACACCAGCAGCAGCCAUUGUCCCUUAGCCGAAGCAAUUCAAGGAAGGCCGAGCAGUCCCCCUACAGGAGAAAUCCCUUGAGUGAAAUUGACACCAAUGUUGUCACAUGUGACCAACUGGCAGUUCCCCGCGACAAGGCUCCCAACAAAAACAUUGUCUCUCAGGCUCCAAUGCAGAAACCAGAUGUUGAGAAUGUAAGCAAGAACAAAGCUGCGCAAGGGAUUGAUAACAAAACCACCACCAGCAAAGGUAUCCCUCACGACACUGUUACACCUACUUGCAGAGCAAAUGAGCAGCAGCUGAUAGCAGAAGAGGGAAAGGGACAGCAACCAAUGACUUGCAAUGUAGCAGUGAAUGUGAUUUCCUCAGGAGCUGAAAGCUUUACACCCCAAGCGUUAACAAGAAGCAGGUCCUCUAGGAAAUCUCGAGACCUAGAUGCUAAUCCUGAAGCUUUAUUGAAUCCUACUUCAUCCUACACUGCCCUAUUGCUCGAAGAUAUUCAAAACUUCCACCAAAAGAACACCACCAAUACUCCUGCUUUUACUCUCCCUCCUUGUGUCAGCAAGGCCUGCUCCAUCCUGGAAGCAGUUGCCGACCUGAACUCAAGCACUAGCUCCAAUCUGUCUUGUGCUCUCUCUGAUGACAGAAGAAGAAACCCCACGUCAGAGCAAUCUAAUAAAAGUAAUUACAUUACUCCAUUCGGAGCCAACUCAGUUGGAAAAAAGAGACUACAGACCAAGGACCCAUUUGUGGAGUCUGAGGUGGUCAUUAGUGAUGAUCUAAUGCAACCGAGCUUCCACAAGUAUGUGACAGUGAGGAGGGGCACAAUGGGAGACGGAGAUAUGGAAGAGCAAGAAUCUUCAGGGAGCAACAGCUUUGUGGGUGAUCAACAAUGCUGGAUUUCUUCUUCAUGGGAAGCAACUCAGCCAAUUUAACCAACUGCUGGACCUCAUCCAGGUCUAAUACCAGGGAGUGUGAACGGAGUCCCCUGGGCUUCCAUAUACAUGCCUUCUCAGAGUUAGGCCAUGACAUGGACGAGGCUUGAAGAAGGUUGAGUGGAAAAAAGAGGGAAUCUGAUUGUCAACACACCAGGAUAAAGCAGGUUAGGUUGGUUCCAGCAGAGGUCUUCCCACACAGCUACCUACUGCAGCUGCUUCAACUUGACUUUAUGUGACUGAUCCUUUCAGUUAUUUCUUUCAUUCGAACAUUUGCAUCAGUGGUUGCAAACUUGUAACCUUCAUUGUAGUUUUCCAUUGUAAGCAGAAUUGUUUUGUGGACUAGAUCUAUUUUGUCAUUGACUCAAAAUAUCACAUAGCCAAGUGUUAUUAACAAAAUCAAAAUUAC